GCAGUACCAUGAACUAUUGAAUAAUCUCACUCAGUAAACACCCGCGGUUUCAACUUGUGUGGCCAACUUCAUGACAGGGUGGCCGCCGAAAAUAUAAAUAUCAACCCAAAAAGAUCAACGCAGCAGCCAACCACACCAACUACUCAGAUAAGGUUUCUACACUGCUCUCGCUCUCUCUCUCUCUCUCUCUUAAACAAGAGCAGCAACCUCGGAGGACAUGACUGAUCAAUCACGUAAUACCCAAAUCAAACAAGACGAAGAAGAACCAGACCAAGAACACAACACCAGCCAACAAAAGAACCAACGCCUAUGCGACUUCUGCGGAGAAGCCACAGCUCUGCUCUACUGCCGAGCCGACUCGGCCAAACUCUGCCUCUCCUGCGACAAGCAAGUCCACUCCACCAACCAGCUCUUCACCAAGCACCUCCGCACCCUGCUCUGCGACGCAUGCGAUUCCUCCCCCGCCUCCAUCCUCUGCUCCACCGAAUCCUCCGUCCUCUGCCAGAACUGCGACUGGGAAACCCACAAUCACAAUACCACUCUCUCUUCGCUCCACGAGCGCAGGCCCCUCGAGGGGUUCACUGGGUGCCCCUCGGUGAGUGAGUUGUUGGGUGUUGUUGGGUUUCAAGAUCUCACCAAGAAAGAGCUUUUGUCAAGGGGCGGUGGUGGUGAUUAUUUGGUCGGGUCUGGGUUCGAGGGUUUUGGGUCUGAGGGGAGCUCGGAAUUUUUGGUUUGGGACACGCCUUCGAUUGUUACGAUGGAUGAUUUGAUUGCUUCGAAUAGUUCUGAGCAUAGUUUUCAGGCUAUGGGGGUUCCUCCUCUUCCCAAGAAUCGUAAAGCUGCUUGUGGGCGGUACAAAGAAGAAAUAUUGAGUCAGCUUCGUGAAAUGGCAAAAUCAGAACCUGGCUUUAGUGAUUUUCAAGGGGAUAUUGAACCUUUCAUGCAGUUCCAAUCUCUGCUACCUGAACAAGAUUUGCAGCUGGGAGAUAGGUAUGAUGGCUUUGAUCGUGGGGUAGAGCAAGCCACAGUUCCUAAUUACAAGGCCGGUGCAUUCCAGUGGGGCAUCAAUAAUAUUGAGCUUGCAGAUCGAGGUUUUCCAUCAAAGUUGGUAGGAAGCUAUGGUGAGGAAAGCCGUUUGGUACCUGACAAAGAUUUGGAUAACGGUGGCAGUGGAAGUCAUGCUAAUUGUGGUCAUGAAGCGCAAACACAUCAUUAUGUUGGCACCGAAAUUAUACAUGUCCCUCCGAAAGUUGUUGUACGCGAAUUAACAAGUCAGGAGCGUGACACUGCUAUCUCACGGUAUAAGGAGAAGAAGAAAACUAGGAGGUAUGAGAAGCACAUAAGGUACGAAUCACGGAAGGUUCGGGCAGAAACUAGGACAAGGAUCAAGGGACGUUUUGCUAAGAUGGAUCAGUGACCUCUUUGGUAUGGAGUAAUCUCAGAGCGUGUAUGACUCAGUUGAAGUUACUUCUGGAAACAAAAAGUGUAUGCCGUCUGUGUAGAGUUUUGUUCCGUUGGUUUGUGGAAUAAAUCGUAGUUUUGUAUAUAGGAGCCUAUGAUUCAACUUCUUGGAAAAUACAUAGGUUUCUUAAUCAUACGAAAUCUGUGAUGUAUGUAGCAAAGACACAACAGGAAGGGUGUCAAUAUAUUAGGUUUCUGUGAAAGUGAAGUAUUUUCCAGUUUUGAAUUAUUAAGGCCUAGGAUGUCAGAGUGACUUUCUGUGGCAACUGUAAUCAAAUAGCUGGUAUUGAGCUUAGUCACAUAAUCCUUUAGUAGGAACCUCUGCUCCUUUUCUGGAUUAUCACUCUCGGGAAUUUGUAAGCUUGGGAUGUUUUCAAAG